AUGGAAGCCUUUGCUGUUCGCUACGAUGCCCCUGCCAGACGGGAGCACAGCACGCUGGACACGGCACUCCACUGGGUCGCCGCCGGCCUCACGUGGGUUGGACAGACACUGCAUCUCAACAGCGCCAAGGAACACACAGUGAAGAUCACCCAUCAGGUGCGGGAAACAGCCGCAAGCGUCGGCGAGUCCGUGGGAUCGGGCGUCAAGGCGGGCGUGGACGCCGCACGGAAACAAAUCUCCUCCGAUAAAAAGUCAAGUGCUCCCAAAAAGUCCGGUGAGAAAUGUGAAUACUGCAAGGGAGUGGGUUUGGCGGUGUUGGUGGGGGUUGUUGCCGCCGUAUCCGUCACUGGUUAUAUGGUGUACGUUAAAAGGAUUAAGUCAAAGAAAGACAAGAAACAAGCUUAA